CCGCUGCUGAUUGAUCCUCAAGGCCAGGGCAAGCACUGGAUCAGAAACAGAGAAUCUGGCAAUAAUCUCCUGAUAACAAGCCUAAACCACCGGUACUUCAAAGUCAACCUAGAGGACUGCUUGAGCCAGGGUAGGCCUAUACUCAUCGAGAACCUGGGUGAGGAAAUUGACCCAGUUCUCGAUAACAUACUGCAAAAGAACUUCUACAAAGUGGGCGCUUUUCACAAGGUGAAGCUAGGCGACAAGGAAGUAGAUGUGAUGAAAGGGUUUGCACUCUAUCUGCAGACCGAGCUAGCAAACCCAGUUUACUCACCAGAUGUCUCUGCGCGCACCAACAUGAUUGACUUCACUGUCACUAUGAAGGGACUAGAGGACCAGCUUCUUGGAGUUGUAAUUCUUACGGAAAAACAGGAGCUUGAGGCUGAGCGAAACCAGCUGCUGAUACAGAUAGCAGCAAAUAGAAGACGAAUGCAAGAACUAGAGGACACUCUCCUGCAUAGGCUCUCCACAGUCGAGGGAUCUUUGAUCGACGACCAGCAGGUGGUAAGUGUGCUGAAGAGCACCAAGCAGAUGGCACUCGAGGUUCAGGAGAAACUGAAUGUGGCAGCGGAGACGGAAGCUAAGAUCAAUGCUGCUAGAGAAGAGUAUAGAGCAGUUGCCACAAGAGGAAGCAUCUUGUACUUUCUCAUCACAGAGAUGAGUAUGGUCAACAUCAUGUACCAAACGUCACUUAAACAGUUCCUAGUUUUGUUUAACGAGUCAAUGGCCAAGUCGGCGAAGACCGCUGUUCCGAGCAAGCGCAUUGGCAACAUUAUUGACUACAUGACAUUUAGAGUGUUUAAGUACGUAACCCAGGGCCUUUACGAGAAUGACAAGUUUCUCUUCACGCUGUUGCUUGCCAUCAAGAUCAACUUGACGAUGGGCACCAUCAGCGAGAAAGAGUUUCAGACGUUCAUCAAAGGUGGCGCCGCCUUAGACAUGAACUCCGCGGAGCCGAAGCCUAAAAAGUGGAUACCAGAUAUUACCUGGUUGAAUCUGGUGCAACUAAGUAAUCUCAAACAGUUUCAAAAUAUACUGGAUCAGGUGACGAGGAAUGACAAGGCGUGGAAGACGUGGUACGACGAGGAUGCACCAGAGGCUUGCACGAUCCCUGACGGCUAUUCCGCCUCGCUGCUGCCCUUCAGUCGGCUGCUGCUUGUACGCAGCUGGUGUCCCGACCGCACAAUUGCGCAGUCUAGGAGUUACGUAGCCAGCGCCAUCGGCAAUAAGUACACGGAGAGUCUUUUUUUGAACCUGGCCGCUAUUUUGGAAGAGUCGGACUGCAGGACGCCAUUAGUCUGUCUGCUGUCUCAGGGCUCUGAUCCUUCAGAGGCUAUCGCACGUCUCGCAGCAAAAUUCGAAUUCGCUUGUUCCUCGGUAUCCAUGGGACAAGGCCAAGAACUCCAUGCACGCCGUCUUCUGGCUGAGAAUAUGCCAACUGGGGGUUGGAUUUUGCUGCAAAACUGUCACCUGGGACUAGAAUUCAUGAGCGAAUUGCUCGAAACGCUCUCGACUACCGCAACCGUCCAUGAGACAUUUCGCUGCUGGAUGACCACCGAGAUGCAUCCAAAGUUUCCUAUCACUAUGCUGCAGGCUAGCAUCAAAUUUACGAACGAUCCUCCUAUGGGAAUCAAAGCCAGCCUGAAGCGAACCUUUGCUCAAAUAUCACAGGACCAGUUGGAGGCCAACAGCGCCGCCCAGUGGAGGCCUAUGCUAUAUACAGUGGCCUUCCUUCACGCCGUCGUGCAGGAGCGACGUAAGUUCGGUCCGCUUGGCUGGAACAUACCCUACGAGUUCAACAACUCGGAUUUUACAUCUACUGUGCAGUUCAUACAGAACCACCUCGAGGAGGUUAGCCCGAAGAAGGGAAUCUCCUGGGCGACAGUGCGCUACAUGAUUGGUGAGGUGCAGUACGGAGGAAGAGUGACCGACGACUUCGACAAGCGACUCAUCAACACCUUUGCACGCGUCUGGUUCAGUGACAGCAUGUUCGCGAAGGAAUUCGAGUUUCACGAAGGCUACCAGGUCAUUGCAUCCACGAACAUCGAGCAGCUGCGGCUGAGCAUUGAGAAACUACCUUCAAUGGAUUCACCGGAGGUGUUCCGGCUGCACCCCAAUGCCAACAUUGCCUACCAGACGAAUAGGGCCAAUAAGAUUUUCAGCACCAUAUUGAAUAUUCAACCAAAGGACGUGGUCGUCGGUCAGGGAGACACCAGGGAAAUGAUAGUGUACAAGAUAGUCACCGAUAUGUUGCAGAAGCUACCGCACGACUACCAGCCACAUCAUGUAAAAGAGCGUCUGAAUAAGAUGGGGGCACUGUCGUCUAUGACCAUCUUCCUGCGGCAGGAGAUUGACUGCAUGCAGAAGGUGAUUAGUACAGUGCGCGCCACACUAUGCGACCUCAGGCUUGCCAUCGACGGCACCAUCGUAAUGAGUGACAGUCUUCGUGGUGCGGUCGACAGUCUCAGCAACGCCAUGAUCCCAGACAUCUGGCUUAGGGUUUCCUGGGAGUCUGCUACCCUGGGAUUCUGGUUUAUGGAAUUAAUUGAGCGCAACAUGCAACUAACAACCUGGCUCGAUCACGGCAGACCAAAAUGUUUCUGGAUGUCUGGUUUCUUUAACCCUCAGGGCUUCCUCACGGCCAUGAGACAGGAGAUCACCAGAGCUCAUAAAGGCUGGUCUCUUGACAAGGUCGUUCUACAGAACGAGGUUACUAAGUGCAUGCGAGAGGACAUCACGGCGCCCCCGGCAGAAGGUGUUUACAUCUCGGGUUUGCACCUAGAUGGGGCCUCAUGGGACCGCCGCUCUAGCAGGCUCGCCGAACCGAUUCCCAAGGUUCUGUUCACGCCGAUGCCCGUAGUGCGCAUGUAUGCAGACGUCGUCGACUCGACUACAGGCAGUCAGCAGUUCUACGAGUGCCCCGUCUACAAGAAGCCUAGUCGCACCGGCCUUAACUACAUCGCCACGCUCGCGCUCAGCGCAGGAGGAAUGUCACCCGAUCACUGGUGCCUGCGAGGCGUCGCGUUGCUGUGCGACGUGCACACAUAGACCGUGCUGCCACCUGCUUUCUAAUAAUAAUGAAAGUCUAGAUGUUAUCUGUUUUUUUUUAACUCAAUGGUAGUGUUCUAGCAAUCGCGUGAUGAUGUGUUCUUGCAUAUCUAUGUGAAGCAUUCUGCACAGAGGCUCUACAUGUACUACGAAUCUCGAUCAUGUGGACGAUUAACUCAAAUCUCAUGUACAGUUUAGUUGAUAUCUAUUGACUGGGAACGAACCUUCUAUGGGCCGCUCGAGUUGCGUGUUUUAAACUUAUCCAACUGUGAUGGCCAAGAUGUUACUAAAUUUUGGGUUUGGAAAGGUUCUAUGGAAUUAUCAAAAACCCCUCCCCCCCCCACACACACACACUCCGCCUAAAGAUACUUUCAAUGAAACUAAAACGAAAUGUAUAUAUAAGAAAUAAA